AUGCCGAUGCAUUGGGCAGAAGAAGGAUAUGCGGGAAUGGUAACUGGUUGGGAAGUUUUUCGUUGUCAAGCUGAAAUGUUAUGGGUGUUUUUGUUUCUUGUAUUUCCAGUUGUUGAGGGUAAUCAAGCACAACUAUACAAACAUAUCGAAAUGGGAAAGAGUUUUUUAUCUAAAGGUCAAUUUUCGGAUGCGCUGACUCAUUAUCAUGCUGCAAUUGAUUUGGAUCCCCAAAAUUAUCAGGCAUUGUACAGCCGUGCAACUGUAUACCUGGCUAUGGGUAAAUCUAAAGCAGCACUUCCUGACCUUGAUGCAGUGAUCAAAUUAAAGCCAGAUUUUACUUCUGCUCGUAUUGAAAGAGGAAAUGUUCUCUUAAAACAAGGAAAUUUGCAUGAUGCAGCAAGUGAUUAUAAAGCUGUUGCGAAAGCAGAUCCUGCAAAUAAAGAGAUGGCAAAGAAAUUGUCGGUGGUUUCAGAAGUGCAGACAACUAUUGAACAUGCCGAUUUUUAUUAUGAUAAAGAUGAUUUCCGGAAUGCAGAAGGUUUUUAUUCGAAGGCCAUAAAAAUAUGUAUAUGGGAUGCGAAAUUGUACCAUAGACGAGCCAAAUGCCGAGAACAGUCUCAAGAUCUACAUAAUGCUAUUGCUGAUUACAGACUGCUAGCAAAAUUAUCACCGGGCAGCAGUGACAUAUUUUAUAAAAUUGCUCAUCUUUAUUACUGGACGGGCGAUGCGGAAGAGUCAUUAAAUCAAGUACGAGAAUGUUUGAAACUGGAUCAAGAUGAUAAGCAGUGUUCAAAAUUUUACAAAAAGGUUAAAAAACUGGUUAAAAUGCGUGAAUCUAUCAAUGUAUUGGUUGCAAGGAAGCAGUGGAUGGAAUGUUUAAAUGAAGCAGUGCGAAUUUUAAAAAUUGAGAAAGAGGUGCAGAAAAUUCAAUUGGAUGCGUACAAACACAUUUGCAAGUGUAAUAUGCAUGCUGGUCACUUUUCUGAAUCUGUAGCAGCUUGUUCUGAAGUACUCAAAUUUAAUUCUGGUGAUGUUGACGUGCUUUGCGAUAGGGCGGAGGCAUUCUUAAUGACAGAGAAAUAUGAUGAAGCUAUCGAAGAUUACCAAAAAGCAUUACAUUUGAAUGAAGAUUUGAGACGAGCCAAGGAAGGCCUUGCUAAAGCCCAGAAGCUCAAAAAGAACACUGGUCGGAGAGACUAUUAUAAAAUUCUUGGCGUAAAAAGAAAUGCAAAAAAAGUUGAUAUUGUCAAAGCCUAUCGAAAAAAAGCACAAGAAUGGCAUCCGGAUUUAUUCAACGAUGAAGAAGAAAAGAAAAAAGCAGGGGAGAAAUUUGUUGAUAUUGCAGCUGCAAAAGAGGUGCUAACUGAUCCUGAGAAAAGAGCGAUCUUCGAUAGUGGAGAAGAUCCACUGGAUCCUGAGCAUCAGCAGCAAGGAGGCUACCAUCAUCCUUUCCAGAGUGGUUUUCCGUUCGGUGGAAGUAAUGGUCCGUUUUCAUUCCAGUUUCAUUUUGGUUGA